AUGGGAGCUGCAUAUAAGGUAUUUGGAAAGACGGUUCAACCCCAUGUAUUGGCUAUAUCUACGUUUGUUGCUACCGCUGCAGUGACAUCUUACUUCACAAUGAAACCAAAAACUAAGAAUGAAUACAAGAGUAGUUCGCCUUUGGACCAACCAAAAAACGGCGAAAAUUCAAACUCCAAUGCUGAAGGAAAGGAUGAUGAUGUCAUAAAGAGUAUUGAAGGGUUUUUAAAUGAUUUGGAAAAAGAUACGAAGCUGGAUACAAAAGCAAACUGA